UAGCUGACAGCGGCACUGUAGCGGUAAACCAACCUGACCUUCCCCGUCGCCUCGUCGCCCGUCCUGGAGCUAGACGAGGACCUUGGAUGUUGUUCAGCAGCGGUAUUUGAGUCUCUGCGGUCGUUCUACUGUACAGACACGCAGCCAUGUCCACAGUAGAAGUUCCCUCGCUGCAGGAGCUGAGCGUGGACGAGAUCAAAGUGUCCUCUGCUGUGUUGAAGGCUGCUGCUCACCAUUAUGGCUCCCAGUGUGACAAACCCAACAAAGAGUUCAUGCUCUGCCGCUGGGAGGAGAAAGACCCCAGGAAGUGUAUAGACGAAGGGAGGAAAGUCAACGAGUGUGCACUCAACUUCUUCAGGCAAAUCAAGGGAAACUGUGCGGAGUCCUUCACGGAGUACUGGACCUGUCUGGAUUAUUCAAACUUGCUAGAACUGCGCCGUUGCCGUCAGCAGCAGCAAGCUUUCGACAACUGCGUCCUUGAUAAGCUGGGAUGGGAGAGACCUGAUCUGGGAGAACUGUCUAAGGUGACCAAAGUGUCGACCUCGCGGCCCCUUCCUGAGAACCCUUACCAUUCUAGACCACGCCCUGAGCCCAACCCAGUCAUCGAGGACAAACUGGAGCCUUCCAAACAUGGCAGCAAGUUAUUCUUCUGGAACUGGUGAGGCAGCUCCAGAAAGUCAGACACCUUUUUAAAGCCAUGCGCUCUGUCCAAAAACUGCUAGACUACGCGUGACCACUCUUAGAUCAAUGAUACACAUCAAGGUUAAAAUCCCUCAGGCGCAGACAUGAGCAUUAAAGGAUGCUGGUUUUGGCACUUUAUCUGUGUAUGGUCUGAGGGUUGGUUUUGGACAGGGCUCAUGUCCUAACAGUCUCUUCAUCAGCGGUACCUCAAGUGUCAUCAAUCGUUUGAGAAAGGAAAGCAGGAUGGAUGAUUAUGUGAACAAAUUCCAUACAGCUCCAUGCUCCAUAUAACUUUCCUGACCACUUCUGUAAAUGUAAUGAGUGAACAAAUACAACAUGCUGUUAUUAUUGUUGUCAAAUAAAGAAAAAAGAGAUAAAUUAUAA